AUGGUUCUGACAUUUGGCUCGCAAAUCAUUUUUUUAUCUUCAAUGCUUCGUUUAACAUGCAAAUUAGCCCCAACAGUUUCCAGAGGAGCGCAGGAUUUGGUAAAAGACGUGGAUAUACCUUGCGUAUCGGAUCAGUUUGAACUCCGCGAAGCAGUUCAUCUCUUUGACAUAAAAUAUCGACUCAAGUUACAAAUGAAAACGCCUUUUAUCGAUAGCAAAUAUUCUCUGGACACGCAGCAUGCCGGCCUGGAAAAUGUCCGCGUGAUGAAGGGGAAGCAACUCCGGCCAGUUAAAGCCGUCGAGUUUGUUUGUUCGGAAACCAGUUGUCGUUUUACUCCGGCACUGGAAACAAUCCAGCUUUUCACGGCAUUCCAGCUUUCUCCAGGCAUUGCCGAAGAUUAUCACCAACAGCUGAAAACCCAGUUCGUGAACGAACUGGCUCGAAACGGCCGUUUCCUAUGGAAGAGGUUAACAAUUUUAUUUACACAAGAUGCCACCAGCGACAAAAGCGAUUGGAUCCUAGACAUACAGGUCCCUAAAGUUAUGUUGGAAUUAUCUCCAGAUAACUACCCUUUCAUUUCAAAAAUGCCAUCCAGCGACGCUUACCUUAUCAUCGCCAACGACGAAUCUAAUUCGAUUAUAGAAGAAUUUCUACAGCAAUCCUUAGCUUCAAAGCAAAUUGAUUGUACCAAAACAUUCCUGAUUUUUAGCGACGGCAAUAACGUUCUCCAGAACGAUGAUUUAGAUUUGAUCCGGAUCGAAGAGCGUUACACCUGGAGUCCAAAAACAAAAGCCGUCAACAAGCCAAUUCUACAUUUCCACCGUCACCGUUUGUUAUCUACGAUGGAAGCGUCUGAAAUGAUCGGAGUUUACGAUGGAAACGUUCUCGAAGCCAACCAAAAACGAAUCUUGUUUGACCAGACUUUCAGCUACCGGAAUCGUCCCGUAAAGGUGUCGACUUUCUCCGUUCCUCCUACAACGGUGAAAUGUAAAGAAGACGAGGACGAAAACUGCGGCCGCGAUCCCAAUCUUAUCCGUGUUAUGGGUAAAAUUCUUCAAUUCCAGCCAAUAUUUUCAUCUUCAACUCAAGCGGGCUCCAAAUGGGGCAAUAAGCUGGACAAUGGUACCUGGACGGGAUUGAUUGGUCAAGUAUCGCGCGGAGAAGCAUCUUUGGGUGUGGCUAACGUUUUCAUGACGUUACACUACAUCAAACAGGUAGAAUUCAGCUAUCCUUACGACAUAUCGUGCUCUACCUUUCUAACGCCUCCACCGGAAUUAUGGCCACAAGCCUAUGCCCUCAUCAAACCGUUUGAUAAUUCCAUUUGGGUGGCAACCUGUUUCUCUCUCUUUUUUGGAGGAUUACUCAUUCAAAUGGUGGCUCUGUGUUACCAUAAAAUUUUCGGCUCACGUGACCGAUUGCGCUUCUUUAAUGAAGCGAUGAUCUACAACGCUCAGAGCAUCACGGGCGUACGAUCGGGAUCCGACGAGAAAUCCUCAUGGCCUGUACGCAUUUACACUUCAAAUUGGUGGCUCUUCUGUUUCCUUCUGGGCACCGUUUAUCGUACAGGAUUGAUAUCAUGGUUAGCCAGAAGUCCAGUUUCUAUGCUACCAAUAGAUACAAUAACCCAACUGGUACGCAGUGACCUGGUGCCUUACGGUUUCAAUACCUUCGUGCGAGAUUUAGCCCAAUAUUCAAGCGAUCCCGAUACCAUUGAACUCGGACGCCGGCAGAGAUUGGUGCCCCCAAAUAUGACCGUUCAAGUCCUUAUGGGACAAGAAAAUGUCAAUGCGCUGUACGAGAACAAACAUUUUCUCAAGUACUUGUCAGCAACGGUCUCACCUAGCACGAUGCACAACAUUUCCGUUCACAGUGUAGAUCCACGUCAAAGACUCCAUGUAAUGCGCGAAUGUUUGCGUACGUUUCCUGUUGCGAUUGCUAUGAAUAGCGGUGCUCCGUUUAAAUCCGCAAUGACACAGAUCAUUCACCAGUUGAAUGGAGCUGGGAUAAUUGACCAUUGGCUUGACGCUGUCGUUAAUAACGACCAAGUUUUAUUAACGAAGCGUUCAAAGAAAAAGAAAGAACCAUUUUCCCUCUACAGUCUCGAAGGAGCCUUUUACCUUUUAUUACUCUGCUACUGCAUCGAUAUUGUUGUUUUCUUAGCUGAAAUUUUGUUUCAUAAAAUGUUGUGUCGACCAUUUGGCAUUUAUUUCUUCAAACGAAACAACUGA